GCAUCCUCCAUCAUGAAGAGGACACCGCCACCGCAGCCGAAAGUGGAGAGUCGCAGGAGUCGUCGUCCGAGCGCGAGUCUGCAAUUUGGGAUCACCGAAGAAGGAGAUUUCCCGAGGUUAUCGUCGACACGGGUCGGGAUGCAGGAAAUGCGGCGGUAAACGCCGCAAAGAGCCCCAUUGACACCUUGAAGGAUGGAUACAACGCUGCUAAAGACAAGGCUGAAUGGUUGAAGAACAACGCAAUCUCGACUGUGGAACAGGCCGUCGCGAUUCUGAGCCAAGGGUUCUCAGACUUUGGGGCCAGCUGCCCCCACAGUUCUGCGCCUUCGAUCAGAACAUUCAACCGUUAUGAGCUUAAAAUCUUCUUUGGGGAUCUCCGCUGCAAGAUCAGCCUGAUGGGGCAGUCGACCCCCUUGUUCGGACUCAACUUCGGCGAGCACAGAAUUGGAUUGCCGAGCCAGUUUAAAAUUCUCUGGCACGUGGGAUGGGAGCUGGUGGACAGCUGCAGGGGAACCCACAACCACAUCGAGGUGACCAAGUGCCUUGCCAGAUCGCUUGCAAAGUUCAGUCCUCCAUUGGAUUUGCUUCCGUCGCAGAUGCGGAUACUUUAUCACCUAGGGUGGGAGCUGCAGAACACCUGCCACACCCACAACCACAAAGAGGUGACCAAGUGCCUUGCCAGAUCGCUUGCCAAGUUCAGUCCACCAGUGGACUUCCUGCCCGACCCGUUGAAGAAAGUUGCUAAUGGCCAAGUCUUGGAUCUUCUGCCUCAUCAACUGAAGAAAGUUGCCAAUGGCAAUAUCCAGGAUCUCCUGCCUAACCCGUUGAAGACAAUUGCCAAUGGCAAUAUCCAGGAUCUCCUGCCUAACCCGUUGAAGACAAUUGCCGAUGGCAACAUCAUGCAGCUCAUACCUGCAAUGCAA